UGCAGUACUGCACUGGCCAAAGCAGCUAGCAGUUAUAUAGCUAACAUUAGCUAGUCGAUAUACAGCAGCGGCGCAGAGAAACAACCCGUGUUCUGCCCACAUACUAAUGACAGGAACACUGAACUUACUAAUAUGCGCCUGGACAUUUACUGAUACUUGGCACGCUUGUUCUUCCUAUCUUUAUCGCCAACUCUCUGUGAAGUUAUCUCUGAUCUGAAAAGCGCAGUAACUUAACUCUCGGCUAUGGAUCCUGAACGACAUAAACGAAGAGAGGAAAUUCAGAAAGCAAUGAGCUUUAUCCAGUCAUCGUUGCCUUUCCCAGAGCCAGAGAGUUAUGAGAUGUUUCUCUCCCAGUUGGUAUGUAACUUGCUGGAUGAGGGCAAUUCUUGCUUCCGAGAUGAGGACUGGCGUCAGGCGACCCAGCACUAUGGGGAGGGGGUCAGUGUUGCCCGCUAUGCUCAGGCUGAGGCCCUCGUUAUCCCCCAUGAGCUGCUGGAGAGCCUCUAUGUCAACAGGGCUGCUGCCUACUACCAGACGAGGGAGUAUGAGCGCGGCGUUCAGGACUGUGACAGUGCGCUGUGCGUGUCAGAAGGCAGUCGCAGGGCAUUAUACCGCAAAGCACUCUGUCUGAGGGAGUUGGGACGACUGAGAGAGGCCUAUGAGUGUGGAACCAAAUGUCUCCUCACAGCACCCCAUGACAGGCAGGCUAGUGACCUGGCCCAGGAUCUGGCCAAUAAACUGGGCCUGAAGGGCCGUAAAGCUUACGUUAGCCCGCAGACUGAGUCCUCGGCCACAAAAGGGGAGAGUCAUGGGGAGACUUCCCCACCCACAGGAGAGAUGUCCUCCAAUGGGUUGGAGUCACUGGGUGACAUUGGACCAGGGGACCUGUCUAGUGCGCAGUGCAUUCCCGCUCCGUUGGCCACACCCAUUCCUGUGAGCGAUGACCCGGCGACCCCUGUGGUGACCCCAUGCACUGACCUGUCGGAGAGCCCCAGCAGCCAGGCCCCUCCUAUGCCAUACUCCGUCCCUGUGUCGGAACACAUGGACGACUGCAGCAGCAGCGUCAUCAAGGACGAGCUAGACAGUCUGCUGGAGUGCAUCCCCAAAAAAGUCAGUGAGAGUCCAGUCCAGGGUGCUAUCCCCACCAACCUUCCUAACACAGCGGUGGGUCUCCGGCCUCCGUACUCCCCAAACCUUCCAGCCCCAUCAACCCAGCUUACCUCAGCCUUCUUCAGCUCCUCCAUGAGUGAACUACCCCCUCUGGAGCCUUACCCGCCGCUGGCCCAGCGGGACCAGGGCUCCACCCAGGCGCAGGACGCACUGGGAGGGAGCUUCCCCACAGGGGCCACGGAUGGAGAAGGGAAGGCGGCAGGAGUAGCCGCUGGCGGGUUGGACUCGUUGUCUGAAUACACUCUCCCUGGGGGACGAGUGUGUCACAGCUUUAUCCCUGGAAUGCGCAACCACAGUGCUGCACAUGUAAAUGGUCCAGCAGGAACCAACCUGUCUCUACUCUCCAGGAAUCCUCUGAUGGCCACACAUGAGUUUCGGCAGGCCUGUCAUGCCUGUUACAGCCGAAUAGGUCUGCGAGUGAUGGACUACAAAUAUCAGCCAGAAGCAGCACACCGCUGCAAGAGGGAUGUGCUGCUGUGCCGCCUUAAAAACACAGAUGAUCCCACUUGGAAGAGGAUUCGGCCCAGGCCGGCACGGAACAACUUUCUAGGGGCAUUUGUACUCUGUAAAGAGGUGCAGGAGCGUCAGGAGUGCCAGUAUGGGGAGAACUGUACAUUUGCUUACUGCCAGGAGGAGAUUGACGUGUGGACCCAGGAGAGGAAGGGUGCGCUGAGCCGAGAGCUGCUGUUUGAUCCGCUGGGCAGCACAGAGAGACGAGCGCUCAGCGUCACCAGACUGCUGCAGCUUCACAUGGGCAUGUUCAUGUUCCUCUGUGAGGAAUGUUUUGACAGUAAGCCUCGCAUCAUCAGCAAGCGCAGCAAAGAAAACUUAGCAGUCUGUUCAAACCUCACAGCUCGACACCCAUUCGACGACAACAAGUGCCUGGUGCAUGUGGUGAGGUCAGCCAAUGUGCGCUACAGUAAAGUGCGUCCCCUGCACCCUCUCUGCCAGUUCGACGUGUGUCGCCACGAGGUUCGCUACGGCUGCCAGCGUGAGGACAGCUGCUCCUUUGCUCACUCCGUCAUAGAGCUCAAAUGCUGGGUCCUGCAGCAGGACACUGGUAUCACCCAUGAAGAGAUGGUGCAGGAGUCAAAGAGACACUGGCAAAGGCUAGAGCAGAACGCACAGAAGCAGCAGAAGCCUAUCCAUAUCCCCCACCCGAGCAGCAGCAUACCAGUAGGAGGAAUAGGGAGUAUGGGGUGUGGGGGCGGAGGGGUAGGGGGAGAUGGCAUCGGUGGAAGCGGUGUCAGCCCAGUGGGUGGGGUGGGGGUAGGAGGGUUAGGAGCAGGGGCAGGAAGAGGGCGGCCCCUCAACCUGAAAAUGAAGUUUGUGUGCGGUCAGUGCUGGAGAGAAGGACAGGUCAACGAGCCGGACAAGAACCUCAAGUACUGUACUGCCAAAGCACGGCACAGCUGGACGAAGGAGCGUCGGGUCCUGCUGGUGAAAUCAUUUGAGAAGAAGAAGUGGGUUGUUGUUCGGCCUCUGCCCUUCUCCCGUACCUAUCCACAGCAAUAUGAUAUGUGUGUACAUGUGAUGAAGCAGAAGAAGUGCCACUAUAUUGGGAACUGCUCAUUUGCUCACAGUCUGGAGGAGAGGGACGUCUGGACAUACAUGAAGAACAACAGCUUGAGAGACAUGCAACAGAUGUACGAACUGUGGCUGCAGCUCACCAAUCAGAACAGACGCACAGAUAGCUCUGCCGUUACCCCGCCCCCAGAGGACAAGCAGGUCACCAUAACAGCAGAUUACACAGAAAGCAUGGGAGGCCGGCGGUUGUCAGACGGGGACGAUCUCUGAGUGUUGGCUGUGUGGAUAGGGAUAGAGGGACAAGCCUGCCAUACCAGCCACAACUAAACAGUCUGUCAUCCUGCCAGUCUGACCUCCUCUAACAUCUAGCCAGCAGUGUGAGAGUAGACUGACACCCAACGAAAUGGUUGACGCAACCUAUAUAUAUACACACAUACACAAACACGUUACACAUCACAUGAUACAUAAAUCAUAGGCACCAAUUUACACAAAGAGAAAGCAUUGUAAGGACAGAAAAUACAGGCCUUGGCUUGAGUAUUGUGUUUUAAUGUCCUGCUGCAGUUACACACAGCACCUUUAGGUCCCCCCUCAGCAGAUUAUACCGCAGAAAUUCCACAGACAUCUAGUUUUGCUCUGACUAAAACAAUCAUCUAGUAUUCCCUAGUGGUCUCUGGACUGAGUGUCUCUUUUUUUUUUUUUUUUUUCUUUAGAAAAAUCCUCGUAGCACUGAAACAGCAACAGGUCUUGGGUGGGCGCGCUGGUCGCAGCUCUUAAAAUUUAGAUUUAGCUUGGUUGUAGUUCAAAACUGAAUAGAGUCUCUGCACUCCUACACUUAAAGUUGAAAUUUUAACUUUGGAGUGCCAAAAAUGCCAAGCCCUCAGUGCUGAUGAUGGCGCACGAGACGGGGGGGGAAAGGGUUCUUGGUGGACAGUCCUCGUUGAGCUGCGUAACAACCAAAUCCUACUCUCCUUCCUUUGUGGGAAUAUAGUGAGAGGGUCAAAAUAACUCUGGAGAAUAAUGAUUUUGAGCGUAAUUUUCUUUCCAAGGGGAGUUGUACUUCUUUGUUAUAUUGUCUGCCAUAUUGGUAGAAUGCUAUGAAUGUAAUGCCUGCACGGGCCUUUAAAACUAGGAAAUUAGUCAUUUAAAACCAUGCUGUGGUCGUGGAAUGUAUGCAAGUAUAUUUACAUGCUCAAACAAAAAACUUGUGUAACAUGGCAGUUUUCCCCUCUUUAUUGAUAUAAAAAGUCCCUUUGAUGGUCAUUUAUGUAAUGAUACUAACUGUUCCUGCGUGGGACGAGGACAGACACGCACACACAUUCACAUAUUAACCUUGUAGUUGCUGUCAGCCGAAACAUCUCAGCUAAUCCCCUGUGGCUAAAGUACACAUGGUUAGUGGCUCAAAGCAAUUGUUGCCAAAGCGACUGAGGUGCUAUUCACCUUUACGGACUUUAAACUGUAUUGGUGAGCAGCUGACAGCGAUGUGAAGCUGGUGUAGGAGGGCUGCAGAGAAGUAACUGCAGCACAGGUGUAGAGGCCUGGCUAGAGCUGCUCUCAGUAAUAGAUCGGUUCAGACCACUGAUGCCCAUUUAAAAAAUUAAAAUGAUGACCUCACUUGGACUGAAGCAAAGUGAAAAUUCUGACCAUGCAGAAGACCUAAGUUGUGAAAAAAACAGUUUUGUAAUAGUAAAAAAAAGAGAGAUAAUUUAAAGCUGUGAAAAGCUGGGAGACGAUGUCUAAUGAAAUAAUUGAAGAUUAUUAAGAAUGUAUUUUCUAUAGUUUAUUGUGAGAAUAUUUAAGAACAUUUAAAAGUAAGGGCACUUCUUCAGUUGAACUGGGGUCAUCAUUUCACUGAAAACCAGUCAUGCCCCCACAGCCUUCAAAUGGAAACUUGUGUUCCUCAUAUGCAUCCAAAUGUUAUGUUCCUGACAGCUAACAGUAGCCCCUAAGAUGAACCUUUUUCAUUAGGGGGAAACCUGCUAGCUUGAGACAGACGCGCCACAUAUUGUGCCUAUAAACAAACACAUCAACAUGUGACACGAACACACAUGCAAAAACGAACAGACACACACACAGAGACACACACACACAGAGACACACACACAGAGACACACAGGCAGGACAUCUGUUGCCAUCUUAUUCCAGCCUUUAAUGUGGACGGAGACAUGACAGAGGUAUGUCUUUAAUCAGAUACAUAUACACACAUAUUAAACAUAUUUACAAAUUAUGGUAUACUACUAAUAAUAAUUGAUAACUUAGCAGUUAAGCUUAAUAAAUAUAUAACCUGAAAAUUGUAUUGAUUACAUAGAAGAAGUUCUUGUUAUUGAGGUAUUGCUAUAUGACAUGUAACGCUGAACUAGAUGACUAUAGUGAUUUUUUUUUUUGUUUGUUUUGUUUGUUUUUAUGAUUCUUUUUUUUAAUAUAUAUAUAUAUAUAUAUAUUUCCUUCUGUGUGGGUUGUUCCAGACAGGGUUUGUACUGAAGGGGUUGUGUCAUAGAUUGAUUAGAGUUUCAGGCUGAAUGUGUGAAAAUGGAUUACUGAGGGUUGCGUUUCUUACAAUUAGAGCAGAGGAGUGAAAAUGGAGUAACUCACCCAACAUAAGAGGCUCUUUUUUUUGUUAGUUUGUUUUUUGUUUUUUUUUCUUUGCUCACAAGUCCAGCAGCUAAACUAGGAUGUACAAAAUAUGGAAAUAUUCCUGUUCUGUAUUGUGCAGAUCAAAACAUUUGGAGAAGCUGCAUAGUUUUAUAUCUUAAGUAUUCAUCUAAAAUUUGUCCGAAAUGACCUCAGCUUUGUGCAUACAACCAACAAAUGGCUUCAAUUCCCAAAAUACAAACAUUACACCCAACCAGUACUGAAGAGGGUUACGGUCAAUUGGAUCCAAAUGUUUAAAAGGUGAAAGAAAAGAAGAUUGUACCUACUGAUGGAAAAGAUCAUGAAACCACAGGCUAUCCUGUGGUUUCAUGAUCUUUUACAUACGGGUGAUAUAUUAUAUUCCAUUUAGCUCAGAAGAUAAAUAGAAAAUAUAGAAAUGAUUGUGACACCAAAUGCUGCAGUGUCUUAAUAAGCCAGCUAUUAAAAACGGACUGCCCACUCAGAAUUUAGGACAGAGUUUCCAGGACUAAGCCUAAAAUGCAGAUCUCGGGUCAGUUUUGCUGGUGACUCUGCAGCAGCUUUGGGAAUUGUUGAUAAUGAGCCCUUGUCUGGAACAGCCCAGGUAUUAGCUUCUUUGAGGGAUCGUAUUACUACUACUCCUAGUAUUAUGAUGAAUAUGAUGACGAUAAUAAUUGCUAUCUAUUGACUUAUUUCUAUUUCUUCUCUAUAUGCUAUUGAUAUAUGUAUGUUAAUUGCAAUGUAUAACUCUCUUUAUAUAUGUAUCCAUGUAUGAAUAUAAUAAUUGACAGUAAAUAUGCAUCUGUGUAUGCAGCAGUGCACAGCUCUGUCUGGGAGGCAGUGAGCAGAAAACAUCAGCUUCUGAUACCAACCGCUGUAGGUUGUCAGUAGUACAGUAGACCUGCUAUAUAUUAAUGUUGUCUGAGCUCUGUUUGUAGGCCUUCAGAUUGUUUGGGCACUGGCCAAAGAAAAGGGAAAAAAACAAGAUGAUUACUAUUAAAGUUUACAGAUCUAUACUGUUAACUGUUUCCUCUUUGCAGUGUCUCAGUAUUGAUCCUACAACAGAGCUCGAUGCUCACUGUCUGUACAGUUUUGUUUAAAUUGAUUCACCAGGCUAAGACAGAUCUGGCAACAUAAGCAUACAUAGUAGCCUAUAUACUCCCGUAUAGCGCCUUAUUCAAUAUACUACACCUAUAAGAUGAUUCAUACCCCUAUUGUAUAAUCCUGCUUACUAUAUACAGUAUAUGAUACCUGAUACCUAUUAUAAUACUUAGACACCCUUGUAAGGUAAUUUAGAUAAGAGAUGGUGGAGUUGUUUUUUUUUCUGUGGCUGUGGAAGAGUUUGCUGUGGUCAGUAAUGUGUUCCCAUCUUGUUUUUCAGGGUGUUGUUAGGAGAGUGCCUUACACUCAAAUGCUCUUUAUCAUUCAGUUGUUGUUAGGAGCUGGGAUUGAAAAUAAACAUCAGCCACAAACCAAAGCUUGGGAAAUCUUUAUUUUGGCUGGUAAACGGCAAAACGUUCAUUUUAAAAUUCCAUGUUUAUGUAUAUUAGCCUGGGACAAGUGGAGAAAAAAAUCUCUGCCCAUGUUGGAAUUCCUGCCUUUUAAAGAGAAGUUUGAAGUAAAUUGUUACAGAAAAAAUCAGAGCAUUUGAGGGGAGGCUCAUCUUCCAUUGUUGGAGAAAGGCCAACAUUGAUGAUGAUGUAACUGACUUGCACAGGAGAAAAAAAUACCUGUGCUGUAUGUUCUGUGUGUUAAAGGCAGGCAAAUAAUGACACAAACUGGAGGGGUGGCAGGUUUCUGCUGCUGCAUCUUUACACAUGACAAAUCUCAUACAGCCAUUUUCACCACAUUAGCUAAGAUUUUCCAUCUUCAACACACUUGGUUUGCACUUCGUGCAUCUCCAGUGUAUACUGUGUCAGCCUGCUUUACCAAAUAUGACGUGCUACCAUUUAAGUUGAAAAUGUUAGGAAACCAGUAGGCUAGGCAGCAGACUUUGACCCUGGUGCCAAAAUCACAGUACGACAAUAAAACAAUCCAAGUUGCACAUUGAUAACUAAUGUCCUCGGAUGUGGAAGAAAUUUGGGAUUGCAUUGUUCCAUUUUUGUUUAUCUUUACGCCUUCCUGGUUUUACAAAGCCCAAUCAAUACUAUGCUGCAAUCAGAGCCAGCUAGAGACAACUUUGGAAACUGUAAUGCAACCAAGACAACAAAAUACUCAAAAGGCUCCUUACAUAGUAAGUUGAUGAUUUUCACCAGGGUGAAUCUGUGAUACUUAGCAUCUUUCUGUUUCACAUUCUUUCUGACAUAAAAAGCAGUGAAUUGUGCUCCGUAAACAUGGCUGAAGUUGACUAAAGGAUGCUCAUACCUAAAAUAUUUGUUUGUUUGGUGAAAGACGAGAACAAUCACUCUUGUCCUUGAAAGGUUUCUUUGCUAUCCUUCAUGCUUUUACUUUAUCUUAAUUCGUUUCAAGUUCCUGAAGCUGGAUGCAGUACAAGAAACCUCCAACAUGUGCAGGCUCUCUCUUUGCCUCUCCUGCCAUCAUUACAGUAUUCACCCUGUGUGUAAGCAGACACGGUUGCAUUUUGGUAAUUGUCAUGUCUGUAGCUGUUUUUGUUUUAUUGAAAUAUCAAAGCCAGAAGGUUGAUGGCGACUUAUAAAUAAAGUUUAUUUCUGCUGUAGGCAUCAGACCUCAUGCUGGAUGAAGCACCAUUUAAAAUGUAAUUAUUACUUUCAUCAAGUUAUAGAAAACUGUUUCUUUAUGAUUUUCUUAAAAGUCACUUCACUUUAAGGUUCUCUUUGCUCGUUCUGACGAGUAGCUUUUGGCUUGAUCUAACCCCAGUUUGUGCACCAGUUCUGGUCAUUACGGCCUUCUGGAGUUUAAACGACACUUCCCAGCAGUGAAACAAGUUUCUGCUUAAGAAAUGUACGUGAAGCACACUGCCCUCCUGAAACAGUUUGUGUCAUUUGACAACACACACCUACACAGCCACAAAAAAUCUGACUUUAUCAGUUUUCAAUUGGGUAGAAAUUAUGAGUUAUUUAAAUUGUUUUCAACAACUCUGAUGAAGAAACCAGGGUUGUAAAGAAGUGGGGGGAAAAAAACAAGGCCUCUUUAUUUUUAAUGUAUUUUUUCAUUUUGAUGUUUUAUGUUUUGUUUUGUCUUGUCUUUUAUUCGCCCUGGUUAAAAGUUCAUGAUCACACAAGUGGACCAAAUCUGUUGAAAGCAUUUAAUAAACAGACUGUUUUAGAAAAUAA